AGUGGACACGGUGUAGUGGGAACAGAAGUCACUGUAAUCAUAACAGCACUCUGUGCAUGUACUUUCUAGAUCUGCAAAAAGAUGGCAGAGAUACCUGUCACUGGGUUUCCAGGCAUCAUUGACGAUUACUUGUACUUUCUAAUGAUUGACCCUUCACUGGUUUCAACAUCUUGUGAAACAUCAGCCAUCAGAAACUUUGGGAAGAUUUUUAUGCCCUGUUUUUAUUCAGUUGUAUUUCUGACAGGACUUCUGGGGAAUGCUUUGGUUGUUGUGAUAUACGUUUACUAUGAGAAGCUGAAGACCAUGACAGAUGUCUACAUGAUGAAUCUGGCGAUCGCUGACUUGUUCUUUCUCUGCACCCUGCCAUUCUGGGCAGUUGAUGCAUACUCUGAAUGGAUUUUUGGAACUGUUAUGUGCAAACUUGUGAAUGGUGCAUACACUGUCAAUCUUUAUAGCUGUAUGCUAAUACUCACCUGUAUAAGUGUCAACAGGUACAAAUCUAUUGUUCAAGCAACAAAAAUGCUUAAUAAUGGAAAGAAAAUACUUCACAGUAAGUUAGUGUGUGUGGGCAUUUGGGUAUUUGCAAUCAUUUUGACUCUUCCAGAAUUCAUACUAAGCAAAGCGUAUUCUGGUCUACCUGAUAAAACAAUCUGUACUGUAGUAUAUCCUUCCGAUUUCAGUAGUUUCAUCAAAGUGGGAGUGUAUGUAACACAGUUGGUAGUGGGAUUUCUGAUACCCUUUCUGGCCAUGAUCAUUUGCUACUCAUUCAUCGCAAAAACUCUGCUCCAGGAUAAGGGGUUUCAGAAGCAGAAAUCAUUAAAGAUUAUCAUUGCAGUUGUAGUUGCAUUUGUGAUUUGUGAGCUGCCAUUCAACAUUAUUUUGUUGAUGCAAACUCUACAGAUCUUCAACGAAGAAAUUCCCAGUUGUGAAUACAAAGCGAAUGUAGACUAUGCAAUUAUUGUAACGGAGAGUUUAGCAUAUCUACACUGUUGUCUCAAUCCUAUUCUUUAUGUAUUUCUUGGUGUGAAGUUUAGAAAUAGUUUUCUGAAGAUUUUAAAAGAUUGUGGCUGUAUCAGUCAAAAGCAAAUAGCUGGGCUUCUGAAAACUGAGUGUGAGACAUCACGACCUGUCUCAGGUAUAUCCGAAACAACAAGUAUACAUCCUUUAUAACAGGUACUGUUUGUACCAGUGUUGAUUGCUGGAAAUGGCAUUAGAAUUUCACGAAAGGUUUUCCCAUUGGAAGGAUAGGACCAGCUCUAUUUACCAAGAGUAGCCCCUAGGCACCCAUAUUCCUGCCAUAAAAACAACAAACUGCAAUUGUCUAGUUCCCACUCCUAACUCCCAUUCCUCUGCCACUUGACAUUCAUUAAAAAUGCUGGAAUAUGCUUUACACCACAUAUAUAUUAAAUCAAUAAUAGUAAAGUGGUUGUUCUUUGUACAAAGAGAUUUUUAUGUUCUUCAUUGCUGAAUUUUUGAAUGGCUUCCCUAAUCUCUCUUUUCAACUUUGGUGGAAACUACGACCAAACAAAAAUGUCAACUUCAAUGACUGACUGACUGUAAUAUCAGAAAAUCAGUGCUUUGAACAUGACCAUCUUGGCUUAAUUAAACUAAAUUCCAUUUUGUACAAGUUUCUUCUUACCAUGUUUUAAUCCAAAAUUGUGAAUAGUGUUUAGCAGCUGUAAGUAUAAAAUAUGUUUAACUAAAUGGAAAUGUAUAAUUACAUACAUAAAUGUUUGACAGAUUUGUUUAAUAUGUUGAAGUCUCAGUCUUAUAAUUUAUAUAUUUCUUGGAGUGUGUGGAGUU